AUGCUCGCCGCUGUCCUCCUCGCCCUCGCAUCCGCCAGCCUCGUAACUGCCGCUCCUGCCGGUGAUGUCGUCGUCUCGAGGGACUUGUGGCACGACGAAAACUGGCUGGGGUGCAUCAAGCCCUCCAGCGCCUUCUCUCAACAGGGGAGCGCGUCGAUCUUGAUGACCCCCGAGACGUGCUCCACAACCUGUGGUGACAAGAACUACAACUUUGCCAUGCUCAGCUCCAGUCUCCUCGGUGGCGUGUGCUCUUGUGCGCAGGAUUUCAACUCGGGGGACUCUGUCUCCGCCCUCCUCUACUGCACCACCCCCUGUCCCGGCAAUCCCCUCGAGUCGUGUGGUAACGCCCUGGGCAGUUACGAUGUCUACCUCACCCCCGUCAUCACCAUCGACUAG